CAGCAGCGUCGCAGCGGCGCUACAACAAGAGCGGCUUUCGGGCUUUGUUUUGUGGAUGUGAAUGAGCUCCAUCACCUCCUUCAGAAAUGUGGACGGAUAUAAGGACGUUGCUACUUUUUCAUUCGUUAGUCUUGAGGCUUCAUUUCUCGGAAGCAACGGAUGAGUGUGAGGAUGGACAGUUUCAGUGCAACAACAAAAGGUGUAUACCGACCAUCUGGAGGUGCGAUGACGAUGACGACUGCUCAGACAACAGUGAUGAAGAAAACUGUCCCAGGAAGACAUGCGCCGCUGCAGAGUUCGCCUGCUUGAAUGGCCAGUGUGUCCCGGGACGCUGGCGUUGCGACGGGGAACCAGAGUGUCCCGAUGGCUCUGAUGAGGCAGAGGAGACCUGCAGCAAACAGACGUGCCCUCCAGAGAAAUUUGACUGUGGGGGAUCCACCAACAAGUGUGUCUCGUUGUCAUGGAGAUGUGAUGGGGAGAAGGAUUGCGAGAACGGGGCGGAUGAGGAGGACUGCGCAUCUGAUGCCAAAGCCUGCCCCACCGGUGAGUUCAUGUGCGCCAACCGCAAGUGCUUGGCCAUCGUCUACGUGUGUGACGGUGACGACGACUGUGGAGACGGUAGCGAUGAGCUCAAGUGCGCCUCCCCUCUGACCUGCGGGCCCAACCAUCUCCGCUGUAACACCUCGGAGUGUGUGCCGCUCAUGUGGAGCUGCGACGGAGACCCCGACUGCUCCGACAGUUCGGACGAGGGGCCGGAGCGCUGCGGCGGCGACGGGGUCCCGUAUCUGCCUAAUCGCCGGGCAAACUGCACUGCGGGGGAGUUCCGAUGUGCCAACGGCGAGUGCGUGCGGCUGACAUGGAAGUGUGAUGGAGAUCCAGACUGCAAGGACAAGUCUGAUGAGUCUGACUGUCCCCUGUUGACGUGUCGUCCCGAUGAGUUCCAGUGCGGUGAUGGUUCCUGCAUCCACGGCACCAAGCAGUGUAACAAGGUCCAUGACUGUCCUGACCACAGUGAUGAAUCUGGCUGUGUCAACGCCACCAAAUGUGAGGGACCCCUUAAGUUUCUGUGUAAGAAUGGGGAGUGUAUUGAUAGCUCCAAGGUUUGUGACUCUGUCAAGGAUUGCAAGGACCGAUCAGAUGAGCCUAAGAAAGAGUGCGGGCUGAAUGAGUGUAUGAUCAACAACGGCGGUUGUUCCCAUGUCUGCAUGGACCGACCAAUCGGCUUUGAGUGCCAGUGCCCCACUGGCUACCAGCUACUGGACAAAAAGACUUGUGGCGACAUUGAUGAGUGUGAGAAUCCUGAUGCUUGUAGCCAGAUCUGCAUCAACUACAAGGGGGAUUUUAAAUGUGAAUGCUAUGAAGGUUACGAGAUGGACCCUGUAACUAAGACCUGCAAGGCAGAAGGGAAGAGCCCUUACUUGCUGUUCACCAACCGGCAUGAGAUCCGACGCAUCGACCUGGUGAAGAGGGACUACAGCCAGGUGGUGUCCACCCAGAAGAACGCUGUGGCUCUGGACCUGGAUGUGGCCAACAAUCGUGUCUUCUGGUGUGAUCGAUUUCACCGGAAAAUCUACAGCGCCUUCAUCCACGAGGCCAGUGAUCCCUCACAGCAGGUGCCGCUGGUGGAUUCACUCCUGCAGACCCCCGUGGGUCUGGCUCUGGACUGGCUCCAACACAACCUGUACUGGACUGACUCCGGAGACAAAUCCAUCUCUGUGGCCUCUGUAGACGCCACCAAGAGACGAGUCCUCAUCAACACCGACCUGAGUGAACCCCGAGCCAUAGCGCUGGAUCCCCACCAUGGCUUUAUGUACUGGUCAGACUGGGGCACGCAAGCCAAGAUAGAGAAAGCCGGGAUGAAUGGAGUGGACCGACAGGUGCUGGUGGCUGAUAACAUUGAAUGGCCCAAUGGGAUCACUCUAGAUAUAGCCAACAGGCGUCUGUACUGGGUGGAUUCAAAGCUGCAUCUUAUAGCCAGUGUGGACCUGAAUGGAGCUCACCGCAGAACACACAUGUCAUCUGCAGAGAGCCUGGGACACCCCUAUGCUCUGGCUGUUUUUGAGGAUCGUAUCUACUGGACAGACAGAGACAGGGCGUCGGUCUUCAUGGCCAACAGGCUGACUGGUCAAGACAUCCACACGCUAGCGGAAAACCUCAACGACCCCCAUGACAUUGUGGUCUUCCACCAGCUCCGACAGCCACAAGGCCCAGACAGUUGUAAUCUGGGCAGUGUGGCCAAUGGUGGCUGUGAGUACUUGUGUCUUAAGGCUCCACAGAUUACAGAACACUCGCCCAAAUAUACCUGCGCCUGCCCCGACGGACAGGACCUGGGGCCUGAUAUGAGGGGCUGUGUGCCAGCACCAAGAAACGAUAUGACACAGACAUCUUCACCUCCCUCUGAAUUUACACCUGGCACCAGAGCGACUGUUGCUGAAGAUUUCCCACCGCCCCCAGGGGGAGUAUCACAGGCUGACGCCACCCCUCACUUGACCACAGCUCCCUCUGGUGCCCCUGAUCCGCUCACACCCCUCUCCACUCUUAAGCCUGUGUCGUCACAAGAGUCAAAGGCACUGGGCUCACACUCUACCGCCACCACUAUGGUGGUCUCCACCACAACUGCGGGGGACAGCAGCGUCUCUCAACACUCUGGAAGCGAGCAUUUCCUCCUGGGCGAGAACCUCACAGUUGCUGUUUUGGGAGUGGUCAUCCCCAUCGUUCCUAUCAUUGCCACAGUGGUGUUCGGCCUGGUGUGUGCUGGAGUCUACCUGGUGUGGCGUAACUGGCGGCGCAACUCUACCAAGAGCAUGAACUUUGACAACCCCGUCUACCGCAAGACCACCGGUGAGGGCGAGGAGGACGAGAUCCACAUCGGGCGAACUGACGGCAUGGGACACCACGCCCACCAUCACCCGUACCCACAGGGCGUCAACAUGGGGGUUGUAGGAGCAGGGGGUGGAACCUGCCCACAGUUCAUCGCCCUGCCACUCGGGGGCAGCAUGCCUGACCCAGGGACUCACUGGUACACGGAGCAGCCCAUGCUCUCCACUGCAAAGUGACCCACAAGGGCAGAUUUCCGGCGAAAAUGGCCGCUCAGGCACACGCGCACACACAGGGAGGGCAAAGGUGACUUGGACUGAGUUUGCAGAAGGGACGCACAACAUAUUAUCAAGUGUUAAGUGCAGGCAUUCACAGCCAUGCCCUAUGCCCAUAUUAUAUAUUUCCAUAUCAAAAACAGCAUAAUUAAUACAACUACCACAAUUCUUUGAAUAAUAGUUUCUUACCUUUUUUCUGCUGGAGCUGCAUCUUCUUUUUCACAAGAAAAUGCUGAGAAUUAAUUGCAGAAUUAUUAAUGUGUUCCCAACAUUGACCUAAACUGGGAAAUGGAGUCAGGCUGGUUCCUCCUUGAGUCUUUUGCAUUGAUAAGUGAGUGCAGUGUGUGCUGUGUGUCUUAUAUUUUGUGACAGGGAUAGGGAGAGGUCCUGUUUCGUCCUUGAUGUAUUCAUUUGGGCUUCGUGUUAUUCCUGGUGGGCUGUGGAGCUCUGGGAACACUGUUUAGGAAGGAGAAGCUCUGAAACUGGGACAGCACCUGCGUUGAUGGGACAAUCUGUACAGAUUCGUGUUAGAAUCAAUCACAUAUGUCAUAAAUGUCAUUACUGGAACUGUCUUUUGUAGUUAACAAUUUCCUGGAUGGGCUUUCUUUUGUUAGAUUUUUCUCUGAUUGAUUUUAAAGAAAGGUUACCGCCCACAGUAUGCUCUUUCUCUCUGGUUCAGAGGGAGGCCUUUUAAGGGUGAGUCAUCUAACAUUUAAGUGUGCCAUUGAGUAUGGUUGAAUUGAGGGGUUAUGUUUUUAUUUGACCUCUAACUCCCCAGAGUUUUGCGAGAGGGCAGCAGGUUUGCGGACUGGAAAGAAGAAAAUGGUAUGUAGACCUUUUGUUUUCUAUGAGCAAAGAGGAUGCAAGGUUAGGGGAAUGUGAAUUUUACGCAGGAGUUCUGUCUUCUUUGUUGUGACUUGUUUAGGUGUUAAAUGGUUUGAGAAAAGCAAUAGACUGCAGCUUUUAGUCAGGCUGCAGUUUUACGUGGUUGACAAAAAUCCUCGAGUGUUAAGAAUUUUAUUUAAUCGCCCGCUUUUGACUGUGACAAAUGCACACAUAAAUACACAUGGGGUGCACUGAUAACACAUUCAUGCUGUUCCCCAGAGGACAGAGACAAUGUGCACUUGCCCUCCGAAAACACAAACAGCAUGCAUAAUUGCUCACCAACUGACAAUGCAGCCAUUCAUUGUUGCAGGCAAGAUGCACACGCGCAAACAUGUAUGCAUGCACACAUUCACAAAAGCAAGCUGGAUUCCAUUGCCUGCACUUCUCCUCCUCAGAGGGCCGAUAUCUGAGCAGACAGUUUUGGAUAGUGCCGUGUGGGAGGGCCCAGCUGGUGUCUGCAUGAUGAAAAAGACCUGUCAUGUGAUGUAACUACAGAAAACUAAAACCAGACUCUGAUGUAACGAGGUUGAGACCAAAUUCGGUGAAUAUGUUUCAUGCUGGUUUAGUCCCAUCAUUAACACUGUUACUCCAUUCAUAAACCUUAAAGGUCUGUGUGUUCGCGUGCUUGUGUGUGACUGUGUGUGUGUGUGUGUGUGUGUUUAUUAUGCAUGUGCGUGCUAAUGUUCAUCCCACAGCCAUAUUUGAACCGUUUUGUAUGCUCUUUGUUGCACAACCCUCUUAGAAUGCCUUCUGUAUUGUGUAUUGCAUGGACGAAAACAGUGUAUGAAGGUGUGUGGAUACACAGGUGUGUAUGUGCGUGUGUUGUAUGUGUGUAACAGUGUGUGACACUGGAGAAGCUUUGAGGGUGCUUUUUGAUUCAUUGAUUUGUAAAUAUGUUUUCAUAAGGUUUUUGAUAAUGUAUAAUACAAAAAUGUAAAAGAGAAGAUGUACAUAAGAUUUUAGAUAAAAUGUUGACAGGUAUAUUAAUUUAUUUGUAUAAAAGGAGAGCACUGCAUUCCCUGAUUGUAAGAAAUCGGAAUUGUCCACCAAAGUGGUUUGUGUUGUUUCUUGCUGUGCAUCAGUUAGCAUCCCUUUUGUGUACAACCCCUUUUUUCUUUGUUAACCAACAUAAAAAUAUGGCGUCCCCUCCUGAAAAACUCCCACAUCUUUGCAGCGCUUCCCAACCUGUUUAUUUGUGCCUUUUUAUUUACAUUUUCAUUUUCCUCUAGUAUUUAUCAUGAAAAGGACAGGGAUCAGCCAACUACUGUACAUGCAAAGAUGAACUGUAUUAAGACCAAACUGGUUCCACUUUCUGUAAUGGAUUACUUUUGAAUAUCUCUAUAUAUUGAUAUAUAAAAUCUGAUUGAAAAUGUC